AAGGGAUACGAUAGUUAAACUACGUAGACCAUAAUGCAAAGUGCAACGUGACAUCACUCAUCUCGACAUCGGUCUGCUGCCGGUCUGACAGCUGAGGAUUUCCAGACGGGGAAUACCGGUACGGCCUUCUAUUAUCGAAACGUUAGAGUCUACAGUGUGUUUAAAUGGCGAAAACGUACGAUUAUCUAUUUAAACUGUUGCUCAUCGGAGACAGCGGAGUAGGCAAGACAUGUCUGCUGUUUAGAUUCAGCGAGGACUCCUUCAAUACCACCUUCAUAUCUACAAUAGGAAUAGACUUCAAAAUCAGAACAAUAGAGCUUGAUGGAAAGAGAGUCAAACUUCAAAUUUGGGAUACUGCAGGGCAGGAGAGGUUUCGCACCAUCACUACAGCUUACUACAGAGGAGCAAUGGGCAUUAUGUUGGUCUAUGACAUCUGCAAUGAGAAGUCCUUUGAAAACAUAAAAAACUGGAUUAGAAAUAUUGAAGAGCAUGCCUCGUCUGAUGUAGAGAAGAUGAUCCUGGGUAACAAAUGUGACAUGGCUGACAGGAGACAAGUGUCCAAAGACAGAGGUGAAAAACUGGCUAUUGAUUAUGGAGUUAAGUUCUUGGAAACCAGUGCAAAGUCUAGUCUAAACGUAGAAGAGGCUUUUUAUAACAUGGGAAGGGACAUAUUACACAAUCUGAGCUCAAAGACAACUGACAACAAUGCUGGAGGAUCGGGAAAACCAGUCAAGAUCACAGAGAAAAAGUCAAAGAGGAUAAAAUUGUUCAAGUGUUCGCUCCUCUAGGCUUCUCAGCUCUAGUGUUCAUGAUUCUGGCAUGACUUUGCUGUUUCGGCGGGCUUCUACCUCCCGGCCAUCCUCGCAACAGUGGCAGCAGUGGUAAUAUUUAGAGGGCCUUAAUGUUAUCUGAAGCUCACAGGUUCACAAGUGGUUGAGAUGUCAUCCUGUUCUUCUGACCAGAAGGGGAUCAAUAAGGAAUGAGGCCUGAUACUGAAUAUCCGCUCAUGCAAAAGACUUGUGCGUGAUUGUCAACAUUGGUUUGUAGGUGGCCCUGCCCUGGUCUGCUCACAGGUCAUUCUGUUGGCAUUUAUAAUACCUCUGUUGGAUCUUAUCAAAAUAGACUUUAUUAAAUAUAAUAAAGUUCAAGAUAGUUGUCUUAAAAAGGGGGGGGGGGGGGGUGAUACUCAGAUUCUUUCAUAAAUUGUAGCAUUGUUUUAUACAUACUACAUAUUGUCAUAUUUACUAUGAUGAUGCUGUCACAUAUAUUAAGUCUCAGCAUUGAUUGUAUUUGUCUGUGUAAAUUCAUGUAUACUAAUAUGCCAAUAAUCUCCUGUUGCACUGGCAGCAUUUCUAUUUGUUCAUGUGUGCCUCAAAGCAGUCACAGUAUUGUGAUAUUAUUGAGAAAAAUAUGUAUAAACAUAACCUACUGUCUUUUUAAGAAACCUUAAUUUAAUACAGAUUUCUGUGACAAAAUGAAACAGUGAAAGGGUAUUUUGUUUCUUGGGAGCUGUAGCUAACUACAUUUAGUUACGCAAUUGUCAGUAUUUGCAUGAAGGAUAUAGGGAUACCUCUGAGUGGUUCAUUAUUAAGCACAGUGCUGUAUCGGAAAAGACAAUGUUUACAGACAAUAUUUGUGUCGAUCGUAUUUAGGAAGUUCAUGUUAUUGAUUGACUGUUGUGUGUGUAUAUACUUUAUUUUCACCUUAACAUGUAGACAUCCAACAUAAAAACACAAUGACUGGGGAAAGCAGUAAUGUCAAUGAUUGUAACCUACUGCAUGUUACACCAAUGAAAGACAGUAAAGAAAUUGGAUCU